GACGCCAUAAGCUUCAACGAAUCCCUUGCAGAUGGUCAGGUACUAAUCUCGAAUGGAGAGAGGUACACCCUCGGCUUCUUCAGCCCCGGGAGUUCAAGCAAUCGCUACCUCGGAAUUUGGUACACCAAGGUCUCGGUUCAAACCGUGGUUUGGGUCGCCAACAGAGACGAUCCGAUCAACGAUACUUCCGGAUCGCUCCUGCUCGACCCUCGAGGCGAUAUCGUUCUGCGACGACGGGGACGAUGGCAUUCCGCUCGUGUAUGGUCUGCUAACGUCACCGCCGGCGAGAAUUCGACUGCCAAGCUCCUAGACGAUGGCAAUUUCGUCCUGAUCCGUUCGGAUGGUAACAAGACGAUUGCGUGGCAGAGCUUCGACCACCUGACGGACACGAUCUUCCCAAAUAUGAGAUUUGGGAUGGACCGCAGAACCGGACCGAAUCGUCGCCACUCGAUUCGGUCCUGGAAGUCCCCCGACGAUCCCGCGUCGGGGGACUGGUCUUUCGAUUGGGACCCGAACGGGGUGCCUCAGAUGAUGCUGCACAACGACCGCCGGACCAAGCGAUGGCGGUACGUACCGCGGAACAGGGACACAAUCCGCGACGCGAUCAUCACCUCCAACUUCUACUCCACCUACUUGAGCAACAACAAUCAGUCUGUUUUCACUUGGGGGAUCUUGAAUCCGGCCAUGGUGUCAAAGAUGUCCGUGGAUUCAUUAGGACAUUUGUACCUUGGCAAGUGGCAAGAUCAGGACAAUCGGUGGAUUGAGUUCAAUUCCGCCCCGAAGGAACCGUGCGACUACUACGGGCGUUGCGGACCGAACGGGAACUGUGACCCUUACACCGAGCCGGUGUUGUUGUGCCUCUGUCUCUCCGGGUUCGAACCCCGGUUUCGUGACCAGUGGUUCACGAAAGACGGGUCGGGAGGGUGCGUCAGGUCGCGAAACGCGACCUGCACGAGCGGCGAAGGGUUCGUGAAGCUAGAGAAUAUGAAGAUUCCCGACACGGGGGCAGGGCGGUUGAAUGUCGGUAUGGAUCUGAAGGCGUGCGCGCAGGAGUGUCUGGGUAACUGUUCCUGCACGGCUUACGCGAGUUCUAACUUGACCAGUGGGUCACCUGGGUGCGUGACGAUGUAUGGAGAUUUGAUGGAUACGAGAGUGCUCAAUGACGGUGGGCAGGACUUGUACGUACGAGUGGACGCAAUCGAGUUAGCUGAAUAUAUGAGAAGGACGAAAGGACACAAGGGGAAGAAGGAGGUGUUGGUGAUAGUUGUGAUGUCUUUGUGCGCGGCCAUCAUUGCGGGGAUUUCCAUUGCUUAUUGCGUGCUAAACUGCAAAAGAAAAGGAACCAAAGGAGUCACCAAUCAUAUUAGCCUGGGAAUAAAGUAUGACGUUCAAAAGGAAAACGAUCUCGACGAAGAGAGCGAUUCCUUUGUACCAGUUUUUGAUGUAAAUGACAUAUUUGUCGCCACAAAUAAUUUUUCUUUGGACAACAAGCUUGGACAAGGUGGUUUCGGCUCUGUUUACAAGGGUUUGCUACCCAAUGGGCAAGAAGUUGCUGUGAAAAGAUUGUCUCAAACUUCAAGGCAAGGAAUCCAGGAAUUCAAGAAUGAAGUUAGGCUAGUUUCUAAACUCCAGCACAAAAAUCUUGCAAGGUUGUUUGGUUGCUGCAUUCAUGGAGAGGAGAAGAUGUUGGUUUAUGAGUAUUUGCGAAACAAAAGCCUCGACUUCUUCAUCUUUGAUAAAAUAAAAGGCUUGUUAUUGGAUUGGAAGACUCGAUUUGAUAUUGUGAUCGGAAUUGCUUGGGGUCUGCUGUAUCUACAUCGAGAUUCAAGGUUGAAAAUCAUACAUAGAGACCUUAAGCCUAGCAAUGUUCUAUUGGAUGCUACAAUGAACCCCAAAAUUUCAGAUUUUGGAAUGGCUAGGUUAUUCGGAGAGGAUCAAACGGAGGCUAAUACAAACAUAGUGGUGGGAACAUACGGAUACAUGUCACCAGAAUACGCAAUGAGAGGUCUAUACUCCAUGAAAUCUGAUGUCUUCAGUUUUGGAGUACUAACACUUGAGAUUGUCAGUGGUAUGAGAAGCAACCAUUGUUACGAAGAAAAUCCAUCAUUGAGCUUGAUCGGCCAUGUGUGGGAUCUGUGGAGGGCAGGGCGAGCAAUGGAUAUUGUGGAUUCAUCCAUAGUCCAAGGAUCAUAUUCUACCGAUCAAGUGAUGAGGUGCAUUCAAAUAGGGCUUUUAUGUGUUCAAGAAUCUUCAGAAGAUCGGCCGACCAUGUCGACUGUUGUCUUCUUGUUGAAUAAUGCAACCACUCUUCCAUCUCCUCGGAAACCUGCAUUCAUACUGGUAAGACAAAACUAUAAUGCAGAUUCGUCGACAAAUGCUACACAUACAGUUCCUUCGAUGAAUAGUGCGUCAUUUACCACUUUCGAGGGACGAUAAUGUAUAAAAUGUAUUCAAUUGUGUACUUCAGAAUUUUAGAAUUUUAGAAUUUCGAGGGCCUUUGUCAAGGAAUAGAAUCCUUGACAUGAUCACCUCUAGGAUAUUUAGGUGUGAGAUUUUUGUGAGCAAUAGCCUUUGGGCUUUGCUUAAGGCUCUUCUUCAUUCACGUUGCAAACCUUUGGGCUCUAUUAAAACUAGCACCCAAUUAAGUUGUGGGCCAAAGCCCACUUUGCUAUACGAUAUGAACCCAGCAGUCCAGGUUAUCAAUGAAAAGAAGUUGGAGGCGUUUAGACGCAGAGGAAGAAGGACAACAACAAGCCGCUGCCGCUGCCGCCGUCUACCCCCAGUUUCCUCUCACCGGCAGCGACGACGGUGGUAAUCCCGGCGACGACUUUCAACAUGUUAUACGAAGUGGGCCUGGGCUCCGGCCCGUAACCAUGAUCUACGGCUGGUGGGCGGUGUUUGCUAGCUCUCCUUAUCUAGCUUUGUGGAAACCAAGAGGAGCACGUUGUUGACCGGACCAGCCAACUUGAUUCGACACCUGUAAUAAUAAACAAAUUCACCGGACUGGUGUGAAAUAAUAAAUCAAAUUAAAGGCAUCCGAUUCUUUCUUUUGAUAGCUGUUCUCCGAAUCUUUUCCCAUUCAUUCACACUUCACAGCACACUCUUCAACAGCUCCCUCCUCCUCCUCCGCCAAACAAGCAAACAUGGUCUCCGCCGGAGCCGACACCUCGCUUUUGCCAUUUCACAACGACCCUGCAGCUGCAAAUGGCGUCGGCGACGGUGAAUUUCAAGAUUCCGGCACCGCCCGUCUCAGGCAGCUCGGCUACAAACAAGAGCUCAAGCGGGACCUCUCGUAAACCCACCAAUUUAUACUUCCGUUUGUUCUUUUUAAUUUCUUCUUUCCGCAAAAUUUCACCAACCUGCUUCCCUCUCCGAUGCAGGAUGUUCUCUAAUUUCGCCUUCUCCUUCUCGAUCAUCUCGGUGCUCACCGGAGUAACCACUCUUUACAACACUGGGUUGACCUUCGGAGGGCCGGUCUCGUUGUUAUAUGGCUGGUUGAUAGCCGGUUUGUUCACCAUGUUUGUCGGGUCUGCAAUGGGCGAAAUUUGCUCUGCCUACCCGACUUCCGGUGGUCUCUACUACUGGAGCGCGAAGCUUGCCGGGCCUUCUUGGGCGCCUUUUGCCUCCUGGAUCACUGGCUGGUUCAACAUUGUUGGCCAGUGGGCUGUAACGACGAGCGUGGACUUUUCCCUUGCACAAAUGAUUCAGGUGAUCAUUCUGCUGAGCACAGGUGGUCAAAAUGGUGGUGGAUAUCAAGCAUCCAAGUAUGUAGUCAUUGCAUUGCAUGGUGGCAUCCUGUUCCUCCAUGCUGUCAUAAACAGUCUACCGAUUUCCAUGCUGUCCUUCUUCGGCCAGCUGGCUGCUAUUUGGAACCUUCUCGGUGUUGUACUUCUGACGAUACUCAUCCCAACUGUUGCAACUGAAAGAGCGAGUGCUAAGUUUGUAUUCACCCACUUCAAUACUGAUAACGGGGAUGGAAUCAACAACAAGCUUUACAUCUUUGUUCUGGGGCUUCUGAUGAGCCAGUACACCCUUACAGGAUAUGAUGCGUCUGCUCACAUGACAGAGGAAACGAAGAAUGCUGACAAGAAUGGUCCAAAGGGAAUAAUAAGUUCCAUAGGGAUAUCAGUCAUAUUUGGAUGGUUGUACAUACUUGGAAUCACAUUUGCUGUCACCGAUAUCCCUUCUCUUCUGAGUGAAAACAACGAUGCUGGUGGCUAUGCUAUUGCCGAAAUAUUCUACCAAGCUUUCAGAAGAAGAUAUGGAAGUGGAGUUGGGGGAAUCAUAUGCUUAGGGGUUGUUGCAGUUGCCAUCUUCUUCUGUGGUAUGAGUUCCGUAACUAGCAACUCUAGGAUGGUUUAUGCAUUCUCUAGAGAUGGAGCCAUGCCAUUCUCUCCGCUCUGGCACAAAGUCAACAAUCAAGAAGUUCCCAUCAAUGCCGUUUGGUUAUCUGUCGUCAUAUCCUUCUGCAUGGCAUUAACGGUUAUAAUGCUUUUCAAUACAUCUCUGUCAAUGUCAUUCCUAUCUUGCUACUAAUGGCGACAAGUUGAUCAUACUCUUGACUUAAUAAUGCAGUAUCUCGGAAGCGAAGUGGCAUUUCAAGCAAUGGUGUCUAUAGCAACCAUCGGGCUCUACAUUGCAUACGCCUUGCCAAUCUUCUUCAGGGUGACAUUGGCUCGCAAGAGGUUUGUUCGGGGCCCAUUCCACUUGGGACGGUAUGGCCUCGUUGUUGGUUGGAUCGCUGUGAUCUGGGUCGUGACUAUCUCGGUUCUGUUCUCUUUGCCGGUAGCCUACCCGAUCACCAUCGAGACACUCAACUACACACCAGUAGCGGUGGGGGGAUUGUUUCUGCUGGUUGUUAGUGGAUGGGUUUUCAGUGCCAGGAAGUGGUUUAGAGGUCCUGUGACCAAUGUGAGUGUGACUGUAUAGAUAGAUCAAUUGAGGAUUCUGCUAUUUUUGGAGCAGUACAGGCAACAUUGAAUCAUAGUAAAGACGUGGCACAGUUAGUUCUCGUUGUUCAUAACUUCAAUCUUGACAAGCAAUCUGUCU